UAUACAAUACUAUAUACUUGAAGUAGAUUGUAGUAGUAUUUAUUGUAAAAAAAAAUGGCAGAUAUUUCAUUUUCUAGUCGUGCAUAUUGUAAGAUUAUUUUACACGCAGCUAAAUAUCCACACUGUGCAAUAAAUGGUUUAUUGUUAGCCAAACAAAGUAAUAAAAAUGAUGGUAAAUUCAUUGAAUUACAUAUUGAAGAUGUAAUUCCACUUUUUCAUAUUUGUCUUCAUGUUUCGCCUAUGGCAGAAAUUGCUUUAACCAUGGUUGAUCAAUAUGCUAAUAGUAAAGGUUUAGUACUAGCAGGUUAUUAUUUAGCAAAUGAAAACAUAAAUGAUUUAAGUACAGAUAAACCUGCUCAUAAAAUAGCGGAUAAAAUAGCAGAAAAUUAUGGUAAUACUUUACUUGUUGUGGUGGAUAAUAAAGAAAUUACACUUGCUAUGAAUUCAAAUCCUUUAAGAGUAUCACAAUUUAUAGAUGGCAAAUGGAAACUUAAAGAUAUAACAGAUAUAUUAUAUGAUAAAGGAGUGACACAUACAGAUGUAUUAUAUUCCUUACUUAAAGCAGAAGAAUAUAGAAAUCUUAUAGAUUUUGAUAAUCAUCUUGAUGAUAUUUCUCUUAAUUGGCAAAAUCAAAAACUUAAUAAAAUCAUAGAAGAAGUUAUGGAAAAAUAUAAAUAAAAAUAUGGAAUUUAUAAAAAUAAUUUAUGAAUAUUUUCAAAUGCAUUUAGGAAUAUUUAAUGUAAAUAAAUUAAUAAAUAAGAAUAUGCAUUUUAAUUUA